AAAAAAACUUGCAUAUUGUUCUAUUUAACUAUAAACUACUUGUCGUUUAUCCACAUCAAAUGAAAAACAGACAAGACUAAUUAGGAAUAUAAAUAAACCGUAAAGAAGAAAACAACUAAAAGAAAAAACAAAAAAGACUUGGUCUUCGAAAGUGUGGGGCCAGUUAAGUUUUACCCGCCGGCGUACAUUUCUCCUGCACAAUGCCAAAGUGUUCCUAAUGUGCGCGUACACUGCGCACUACAAAAUCCUCCACGCACACACUGGCUCACACACCCAUCACCAUCCCCAACACAGUCACUGAACACAAUUCGGUUAAUGAAGCAUAUUUAUCUCCCUAUCUUCCCUUUUUCCAUCACUCUCUCAUAUUUGCGUUUGUCCUGUUUUUAUAUAUAUAUAUAUCCUACACUGAUUUUCUCACCCUUCUUUUUCUUUCUCAUCGUUUCCAACGUCGGAGAGAGAAAGGGAGAUAGUCUCAGAGAGAGAGAGAGAGAGAGAGACAGAGAGGACUGAGAGCCCAGAAAAUUCGAGUUCAUUUUCCGGUAAAGUGGUUGUGGAGGAAUGGAUCUGUGGGCCGUGCAUAUCAAGAACUCCACUCGAACCCCUCUCUUGCUCAGAAACUCGUUUCCUGAGAAACCCAUGUCUUGGAACCUCGGGAGAAAAGCCACUUCUUCUGCCAGAGUAGAGGAUUGGGGCUUGUGUGAGAUCAGAGUUUUGAGGAGACCCAGGCUUUGCACUUCUUCUUUGGUUGUCAGAGCUAUGGCGAAGAAGAAUCACGAAAAUGGAGAUGGUACAGAAGAUGGUGAUCGAUCUAUUCCAGAAGGAGAUGGUGUGAAAAGAAACAACUCUGAUGGAAACAGAUCCAAUGACACUGCUUCAAAUAAAUCCCAGCGAUUGGACUGGAGAGAAUUCAGAGCAAAUUUAUUUGCUAGGGAGCAGGCAGAGAAGGCUGAGCCUGAUGCUCACAGUGAGGGUGUGAAACCCCACGAGUCCAAAUCUCUCGGCCUGAAAUGGGCCCAUCCUAUUCCAGUACCUGAAACUGGCUGUGUCCUUGUUGCCACAGAAAAACUUGAUGGAGUGCGGACAUUUGAAAGAACCGUUGUUCUCCUUCUCAGAUCUGGAACCAGACACCCACAAGAAGGCCCGUUUGGGGUUGUCAUCAACCGCCCUCUUCACAAAAAGAUCAAACACAUGAAGCCCACUAACCUUGAUCUAGCAACCACCUUUUCUGAUUGCUCCUUGCAUUUUGGUGGGCCUCUCGAGGCAAGCAUGUUUUUGUUAAAAUCUGGGGAAAAACCGAAGCUUCCUGUGUUUGAAGAGGUGAUCCCUGGCCUGUGCUUUGGUGCUAGAAACAGUUUGGAUGAGGCUGCAGGGCUGGUAAAGAAGGGUGUACUUAAGCCUCAGGAUUUCAGAUUCUUUGUUGGUUAUGCUGGGUGGCAGCUGGACCAAUUGAGAGAGGAGAUUGAAUCUGAUUACUGGUAUGUGGCUGCUUGCAGCUCGAACUUGAUUGGUGGGUGUCUAUCUGAUUCUUCAUCAGAAGGUUUGUGGGAGGAGAUUUUGCAGCUAAUGGGCGGUCACUACUCAGAACUGAGCCGGAAACCUAAGCAAGAUAUGUAGUGAUUUGGAUGAGCCUACGGAUGCCUACUAAAUAAAAUAAAAAAAAGGAUCCAAAAUUUGAAGCGAGACGUGUAAUCAAAUUACAAGUAAAGCCAAUUGUACAGGAACUUCUCUGGCUUCUCAAAUGGAUAUAUUUUCUCUCAGCUUCUUGACAACA